GAGAGUAGUAACACUGCGAGGAUGCCUUGUCCUCGUUUUUAUUACUUGGGAGAUUUUAUAGCUGGCAGCCAGAUGUGCUGAAACUCCUGACGACAGCAUCUAUUCACUGCGUGUUUUUAAUAGGCUUAGAGAAAUAUGAGUAGAGUACAUGAAAGCAGCUCCGCUUCACACUUGAGCUGGGAAUGCCCAAAAAGCUUGCUGCCGCCCGGGAUUCUUGCUACAGUCAGGAGAAAGCUGCACGGGUGCUAAAUCUUCCGCGACUGAAUUAGAAGAAUAAUGACUGUACAAUUAACUCACAACCCCUGCUCAUUUAGGCACAGUUUUUACAGAGAUCAGGAGAAAUAUGGAACUUGAUUGGCAUGUUUGCAUCUGAUGGUGUGUGCAAAACAGAUGACUUUUAAGACAGGUGGCGAAGAAAAAUAGAAGGGAAGGAAAGAGAGAAAAUGCAAUUUGAGACGCUGCGCCAGGUCUGCAAUUCUGUUUUAUCUCAUUUUCAUGGGGUUUUCUCAUCCCCUCCAAAUAUUUUACAAAAUGAUCUUUUUGGACAGACGCUGAACAACACUAGGAAAAGAAGCCCAUCAAUAUCAAGAGAUCAGAAUAGAAGAUACGACCAACGGGACGAACGAGACGAAUAUUCACAGUAUGCUACAUCAGACAGUGCAAUGCCCAGGUCACCAUCAGAUUAUUCAGACAGGAGGUCUCAGCGUGGGCCCCAGUUGUACGAAGAACCUGAACUGGGUGAUUAUAGAGAUUCCAACAGAAGGAGUCGCAGGCGUUCCAAGGAGUAUCCGGUAGAGGAGGAGGAUGUGCAGAACAGGGAAGAAUAUGAGAGGCAGCGGAGGGAGGAGGAAUACCAGGCACGGUACCGGAGUGAUCCCAACUUGGCUCGUUAUCCGGUUAAGCCACAGCCGUAUGAGGAACAAAUGCGCAUCCAUGCCGAGGUAUCGCGAGCGCGUCAUGAACGGAGACAUAGUGAUGUCUCCUUGGCAAAUACUGAGGUGGAAGAUUCCCGGAUAUCUAUGCUGAGGAUGGAACGGCCAUCGAGGCAAAGAUCCGUGUCUGAGCGCAGAGCUGCCAUGGAAAAUCAGCGUUCCUACUCUAUGGAAAGAACUCGAGAGGCUCAGGGACCAAGUCCCAAUCGUCAGAGGACCACAAAUCAUAGCCCUCCUACACCUAGGAGGAGUCCAAUUCCUCUGGAAAGAGCAGACAUGAGGCGCUCUGAUUCAUUAAGGAAGCAACACCAUUUGGAUCCUAAUUCUGCUGUACGGAAAACAAAACGUGAGAAGAUGGAAACUAUGUUACGGAAUGAUUCACUCAGCUCUGACCAGUCUGAGUCUGUCAGACCUCCACCACCAAAACCCCAUAAAACAAAAAAGGGAGGUAAAAUGCGCCAGGUUUCAUUAAGUAGCUCGGAAGAAGAACUGGCCUCUACUCCAGAAUAUACGAGUUGUGAUGAUGUAGAAAUUGAAAGUGAAAGUGUUAGUGAAAAAGUUUCCAGAGAGAUAAUUUUAUAUUUUAACUAUGAAAGAAAGGAGAAAGAGAACUGCUGCCGGAGCGGGGGCAGAGGCCUGACCGCUGCAGCCUUCCCUCCCACUCUCCCAACGCCGGAGCAGACGCUCCAGGACGUUGUGUUUGAGUGGAUUCGGGGGCCGUGGCCUCUGCCGGGUGUGCGGGAGGAGAAGGGAUCUGCUGCCAUGAGGGGUUCCCAGCGCCCGAAUCCAGCCUUCCCAGCCGCCGGGGUUGGGAACCCGGGGGUUCCUGCAGCCUCCUCUGAGCUGUGGUCAGUGUCUCCCGCCGGGUGA